AUGGCGGACGACGAUAUCUGGGUUCCUCGAGAUGUAGAAGGCGGCAAUAAUGAUAUCCCACAAUAUUCUCACCCCGACUAUUUCACCAUGAAAGUUUUUCAUGGAGGCUGCAUACUAAACAAUGACUAUGUAGGAGGGAAGGUUGACUUCUACGAUAACGUAGACAAGGACAGGAUGUCCUUAGUAGAAGUUGAUAACAUGGUUAGGCAGCUUAAUCAAGGCUAUUAUGAUCAGAGAAUUGACUAUUGGUAUAGGGUGGGUGAUGAGCAUAAUCCAUUGACCAAACUGGAAUCCGACGGUGAUGUUGUGACAAUGUGUAAGGCAGUGCCCCUGGUUAGGAUAAUUACACUGUACUUGGAUCACAUGGAGGUUAAGGGUAUUUUUGAGGAAGAUGAUGACGACAUCUACAUAUACGAAGACUUCUUAUUUAGUCAAGGUAGCAGUGUGGUGAUAGAGGAGCUGCCUGAUGAGCCUAGGAAGCCUCGAAGUUGUGUCAUCAAGGAGCUGCCAGCUGAGCCUAGACCAAGCAGAAGCAAGGGGGUGAUUAUUAAAGAAAUUGAUGAUGUGUGUCCUACUACUCAAGGAAGUUGUGUUGCUGGAGGAGAUGCAAAAGACAAGGGUAAAGGUAAACUCGUGGAUGAAAGGUCAGUUAAAAAACCAUUGUUGUUGGAGUAUCCUGGAUUUGGUGUACCAUGUAGUUCAGGUGGGGUAACUGGCAGUGGUGUAGGGGCUAGCAGUUCAGGUGGUGUGCAGUGCAGUGACAAACUGAUAGAUGAUAUGGAUUAUCUUCAAUCUUUCGGGAUUGAGCCGGAAGAGUUGAGUGAGGAUGGGGAUAGUAGUACAGAUGGUGAUUAUGAUCCACAAUUUGAUGACGAAGACUACGAGCAUUAUGGUACUGAUGAGGAGGACUGGUUGGAGGAAGCCCAGUUAGAUGAGGCUACGAAGGGUAAGGGUUCAGGGGUAGAAAGUAGUGGUACUAGUGGUUUAGGGUCUAUUGCACCUGAUAUGGGGGAUGAUGAUGAUGAGGAUAUGUAUAGGGUUGAUGAUUCUGAUGAAGAAAGGAUGCAACAUGCAAUUGAUUCAGAUGGGGAGUUGGAGGAAGUUGGUAUAGAAUUCAACCCAAGCACGGAUAUGAAGAAACCCAAUUUCUGUUUAAAGAUGCAGUUUGCAACUGUACAGAUUUUGAGGGAUGCAUUGAGGGAGAAGGCAAUCCAAGGGGGGUGGGAGUAUGUCUACAUAAAGAAUGAUAAGACAAGGUUGAGGGUGGUCUGUAAGGAAAACAACUGUCCUUUUGAGUUGUUUGCUUCCAAGAUGCAGCAUGAAAGCACCUUGAUGAUAAAGAGGUACAAUCCCAUGCAUAACUGCUAUAGGAAGUUUAACAACAGCAUGGUGCGGCAGAAAUACUUAACAACCAAGUUCAAGGAUCAAAUUGCUCUUAAUGAAGCCAUAAAACCAGAGAAUUUGGCUAAGACUAUGUCAGCAAGCAUUAGGGCAGGUGUUUCCAAAAGUAUGGCCUAUAGAGCAAAGAGAGCUGCAUUGUUAGAGGUAGAAGGGGGCAUCAAGGAGCAGUAUGCAAGACUGGCUGAUUAUGGGAAGGAACUUCAAAGGGCUGAUCCAGGAACCACAAUUGACUUGGUUGCAGAUCAUUGA